CAAAAACAGACCGUAAAGUGGGUUCGCAUUCUUCAGAGCAGAUGCAAGCUGCUCUCGAUUUGAUCAAAAAAGGGAAAAGCAUCAGAGAAGCUGCAAAAUUAAAAAAUUUAUCGUUUACAACCCUGUAUCGGUAUUACAAAAAAAUUAAAAACAAUCCAGAACAAGCGAACAUCAGACUUGUUCCGAACUAUGAAAUUAACAAAGUUUUUACCGACGCUCAAGAGCAGACUCUAAUAGCCUAUCUGAAGGAAUCCGCCUAUCUUUUUUAUGGCCUUUCCAACAUUGAUUGCCGAAAGCUGGCUUAUGAAACAGCUUUAAUAAAUAAAAUCAAAGUUCCCGAGAGCUGGACGAAAAACCAAAUGGCAGGCAUCGACUGGUUGAAAGGUUUUUGAGCCCGACAUCGAGAUGUCUCAUUGAGAAUCCUUGAGAGCUGCAGUUUAGCGCGGGCAACGGGAUUUAAUAAAUUCAAUGUUGACCUAUAUUUCAACAAUCUGGAGAGGGUUUUAAUUAGACAUCCACAAUUUUCCAACGGGACAAGAAUUUUUAAUUUAGACGAAACUGCCACCACAACCGUUCAUAAACCUUUAAAAAUUCUAGCCCCGAAAGGAAUACGGUGCAUUUCUAAGGUUACCAGUGGGGAAAGAGGCACUUUGUCAACAACAUGUGCAAUAAUUUGUGCAAGUGGAAUAGCGCUUCCACCCGUAAUUGUUUUUCCCAGAAAGAAUUUCAAAAAUCAUAUGCUACACGGCACACCCCCCGGUACUUUAGGUUUGGCUACUCCAAGUGGAUGGAUGAACUCGGAACUCUUUCCAGAAGUGAUGAGGCAUUUUAUACAACACAGUUGUUCAUCUAAAGAAAACCCUUCGCUUUUAUUGCUUGACAACCAUGAGUCUCACCUUUCAAUUGAGUCCUUGGAGUUAGCGAAAACUAACGGCGUAACCAUGCUAACCCUGCCACCUCAUUCAUCCCACAAAACUCAGCCUCUCGAUGUGGGCCUGUUCAAGCCAUUUAAAUGCAUCUAUAACGCGUGCAUGGAUUCCUGGAUGAUGAGGCAUCCAGGUCAGCCCGUUACCAUAUAUGACGUGGGUGCUUUAGUUGGUGAGGCAUAUCAAAAAUCUAUGACGCCGACAUCAAUCACAAAUGCUUUCAAGAAAACAGGCAUAUAUCCAUUCGAUAGAAAUGUUUUCGGUGAAGUUGACUUUUUGCCCAGCUCAGUCACUGAUCGUCCUGAACCCACUGAAAAUGAAGAAUUUAAUCAUACCGAGAAGAAUAAAGAGUCAGAAGAGAUUGGAAAUAUCCCUCCCACCGAAUUUGUAAGUCCUUCGCAAUUCAAGCCUCCCAUAAAAGCUAAGCCAAGGACAAAUAACAGGCAAAAUAAAAAGAAAGGAAGGAGUCUCAUAGCCACUGACACCCCAGAGAAAGAAGAAAUUUUGCAAAACAAAAUCAGAAAGGUUCAACCAAAAAAAAAACAAAAGACUGUAAGAAAAAUACUUCAAGAAAUAUCAACCUCAGAAUCUGAUUCAAGCAUGGUUCUUGAAAGAGACGAUAUCAUGACAGAUGAGGAUUCCGAUAAAACUGAUGAUAUCAAUGAUAUUGAGAACAAUGAACAGCUUGAGCCAGAGGAUCCCAUCAGAGAUGCUAUUCCAGGUGAUUUUAUUUUAGUUGAAUUUAAAGGAAAGCGAAAUUUCGUAUAUUAUGUCGCUAAGAUCUUAGCGCUUGAAGAAAACGGAUACCAAGUGGCUUACCUGAGAAAAAAAUCGAUGAACCAAUUAAUUUUCUCACUGCCAGACGUUCCGGACAAAGCUACUGUUCUUAAAUGGGACAUAAAAAUGAUUCUUCCUAAACCAUCUGACAUUGGAAGCACUUCAAGACUAAGAAAUUCAAAUUUUUCAUUUAAUUUCAACUUUUUAAACAUGGAUGUUCGCUAGAAAGCUAUAUAUUUUAAUCAAAUGAAUUACUUUCCUUAUUUUUUUUUUAAAUUAUUUUUCUUUAUUUUCGCCUUGUGAUUUUUUUUUAUACAUGAAGAGUUUUAUUUUAUUUUAUUUAUUUUUUUUUAGUUAUAAAUGAAGAGUAUUUAUUUUUGUUAAGUUUUUAUCAUUAAAUAAAAUAUGACUGAUAGAUAUAAAAAAUAAGUAUAAAACAAAAAGCUUUGUUUUUUUUCUUAAAAGACUGUUCUAACAUCGCUGAUUCAUUGUGUACCAGUCACUAAUUCACUGUGUACACCUAAAGUACACAGUGAAUCAAGUGUUAAGGUAAGUUAAAAACAUUUUUUUUAUUUUCUCGAAAGCAUAAAGUUUUGAAAUUUUGUGCUUAAAUUGAAGAAAAUAUAUUGAAAAUGCUGUGAAAAAAAAUGUCAUGUCUACUAUUAUAAAUGCGAGCUUAACAGCCCAAAAUGUAAAAAUUGAUCCACUGUUGA